GGGAAAUUUUUUGGGCAGAAAGUGAAAGCUUGGAGCAUAAAUUGGAGUGGGUGGCAGCCUCACACAGGCUCACUCGGGCUCACACAGGCUCACGCGUGCUCACACGCUGCCGCUCCUGGACCCCUUCCCAGCGCACCCGUCAGAGCCUUUAGCCUCUCAUAGGCCCUGCACACGCCCAAGAGCUCUCGGGCUCACACACCAUCAGUUGCCUGCCUCGGAUCAUCUGCCAUGGCACCCUGUGUGGCCCCACUACUGGCCUUCAGUCUGGUGCUUCUCUGGACCUUCCCGGCCCCAGCUCUGGGGGGCGCAAAUGAUGCGGAAGACUGCUGCCUGUCUGUGACCCAGCGCCCCAUCCCUGGGAACAUCGUGAAAGCCUUCCGCUACCUUCUUAUCCAGGAUGGCUGCAGGGUGCCCGCUGUCGUGUUCACCACACUAAGGGGCUACCAGCUCUGUGCACCCCCAGACCAGCCCUGGGUGGACCGCAUCAUCCGAAGACUAAAGGCAAGCCCGACGCUCCUCAGUCCCGCCACCUCCACCCUCUAA